AUGUAUGAUAUGCACAUUGUUGGUGCAAAUUGGAAUGUUUUGGCUUUUGUUCAUUUGGGAACACUUCGUUCCGAAUUUAUAUCAUUACAAACAAACGUUCAAACCGUCAGUAGCCUAUGUCGUACAAAAUUGGAAAGUCGAUCUAAUUGCGUUAACAUAGCGUCACAUCUCAGAAAAAGACUUGAUACAAUGGGCGAGAAAAAUGGCUUGAUUACUCAUCAGCAUCGUACAAAACGUGCUACUUUGGAUUUUGUUGAGUCAACGUUAAAUGUAUUGAAACAUCAUGAUGAUGAAUUAGCGAAACAAUCAAAAAUUUUCAACGAUUUAGUUGAUCAGGUGCGUGAUAAAGUCGAUUUAAUUGAAGACGAGCAAAAUUUCAAUGAUAUUGUACUGCACAUACAACAAAUUAUGUCCGAAUACGAGAGACAACAAGACACUAUCAUUCACGUGGUAGCUGACUCACACAGAAAUUUAUUGAAUCAUGGCAUUUUAUCUAUUUCACAAAUGGCCAAACAGGUUGAAUUAAUUAAAGAUCAAGUUGGUAUGAAAUUUAUGAUUCCGAGCGGUGUUGACAUAUUUGCAAUUAGUGAAGUUAUGCCUUUCUUGGUGGGUAAUCAAUAUAUUUUCAAAAUUGUAAUUCCGCUUUUAAAGCCGGAUUUAUUUGGAACCUAUCGUAUUUUUAAAAUUCCAAUAAGACAAAACGAGAAAUUUUUAUGGAUUCAAUUAAACUCGCGUUUUUUACUUGCAUCGAAUGACCGACAAUACUAUCAAUUAGCUGAUGAUUUGGAUAUUUUUAAUUGCAAUAGAUAUAAGCAAGAUGAUUUAAGA